AUGCGCCUUCACCUCUUCUCAGGCUUAAUAGCUGUCUUUCUUUCCCCAGCACUUUCCCUCGAGCUUAUCGAGUCCAGGGCACUCAACCUCUGCUCGGACAGCUUGAGCUUAACCGCCGCACACUUCAAUGUCGUCUUUACGCCUCAUAACCGGUCCAUGGCCCUAAGUUUAGACGGCUCGUCGAAGAUCGCGGGGCUCGUAUCUGCAGACCUUAUUCUGACAGUAUAUGGGUAUACUGCUCUGCGGAAGACAUUGGAUCCAUGUGAAAUGAACCUCGAUGGCCUGUGUCCGGUUAAACCAGGACCACUUCCGAUGAUGAGAACCAAUAUCAAGAUCUCAGAUGAUGUGGUUGCGCAAAUCCCUCGGAUUGCAUAUACCGUCCCCGAUCUCGACGCCUCAGUCCGAGUGUAUAUCAACUCCACAGAAACCAGCCAGCCCAUCACCUGUAUCGAGGCGGCUCUCUCCAAUGGGAAAUCGGUCUAUCAGUCAGGAGUAGGAUGGACAACGGCCAUUAUUUCGGGGCUAGGUCUGGCUGCUUCUGCCAUCACUUCUAGUCUGGGGCACUCCAAGACCGCCACGCACAUUACGGCCAACGUCGUCUCCCUCUUCGGCUUCAUGCAAUCUCAGGCAAUGUUCGGGAUGGCCUCCGUCCAUAUGCCGCCAAUUGUGCAGUCCUGGACCCAGAACUUCCAGUGGAGCAUGGGAAUUAUUCACAUUGGUUUCCUGGAAAGGCUGUGCACUUGGUACCAGCGUUCGACAGGGGGAACUCCGUCAACGAUCCUGUCCAACCUAACCGUCACCUCGGUGCAUGUGAUGAGAAAGCGAUCAUCUGAGGCUCUCGAGCGUGCAUCAGAGCUACUGAAAAGGGUUGGACAGAAACCAGUCAGCAAUGGUGGCGCCAUUGUUGCCCGUGGAAUCCAGCGAGUAGGAUUUAGAGCUGGGAUUGAAGUGAGCAAUAUAUUUCUGACCGGCUUGAUCUUCUUUAUCAUCUUUGUCGCUAUCAUGAUGCUUUUAGUGGCGGUUUUCAAGGCGGUUUGCGAUAUCCGUGCUCGAUCCGAGGGGCGACAUACUCUCAAGGACUUGCGAGAUAGAUGGAACCUGGUGGCGAAGGGCAUCAUGUUUCGGUUGAUUCUGAUUGGAUUUCCCCAGAUGCUGAUCCUUUGCCUGUGGGAGUUUACCCAGCAUGACUCUGCAGCUGAAAUCCUCCUUGCCGUGAUGGUGCUCCUGGGAAUGAGCUUGACCGUAGGCUUUGCAGCUUAUAGAGUCAUCGCUCUGGCAAGGCAGUCGUUGGCCUCCCACCAAAACCCGGCAUAUCUUCUCUACUCCAACGCCUCAUUUCUGAACCGAUGGGGGUUUCUAUACGUGCACUAUAAGGCCACGGCAUACUACUUUAUUGUCCCUUCACUGGCCUAUACGAUCCUCCGCGCAAGCUUCAUCGGGCUGAGCCAGGAGGCGCCCGUGGUCCAGACAGUGGCUCUGCUUAUUGUUCAGACCUCCAUGCUGAUCGCAGUCAGUAUCUGUCGGCCCUGGAUGAACAAGAAGACCAACAUUUACAAUAUCUCGAUUACCGCCCUCAAUUUUGUCAACACCAUUUUCCUCCUCUUUUUCGCCGACGUGUUCAACCAGCCCGGCCUUGUGACCGGGGUGAUGGGAGUCGUUUUCUUCGUGUUUAACACGGCGUUUGUCUUGAUUCUUUUGAUCUUGAUCUUGAUUGAUUCUCUCUAUGCAAUCCUGUCGAAGAAUCCCGAUACUCGGUACCAACCAAUGCAGGACGACCGGGACUCUUUUGUUCGAUCGCAGAGUCAGCUGGUGACGGCCGAGCUCAGUGCGCUUGGCGCCACGGCUCGCGGUGAUGUUGCGGGUUCAUUAUCCAAACCGAGUCAGCCCUUCUGCGAGGAACCGCUAGUCUCUAAUGGGAAGACAAACAGUCGAAGCCGCCUCCAUGGGGAAGAAUCGAGUGGAGACGUCACGCUGCAUGAACGACGCUCCCUUACACCGGUGGAUCUUUCCGUGGUGUUUCCCCAGGAUCAGCAUUGA